CGCCAAAGAGAGAAAUUUUGUACCGGUUGGGCCACUUCUUCGAGGCGGACGAGCCGCAGGAGGGGAAAUGGGGACGGAGAGUUCCAGCUGAGGUUGGGCUCCCAAUUCGAGCCCGGAUUAUCGUCUCUCUCCUUCUCCUCUCCCUGCGUUGCUUGGUUGUUUGUCUGCGCAUGGACCCUUACUCGUUCCGAAUUUCAUAUAGGUUGAUUGUUUGUGUGAGGAGGCUCUUGUACGGGAGCACCAGAGAUGGCGCGUGAGCUCAAUGGCGAGGCGAGUUGAGAGCGAGCGUGCGAGGGCUCGCGCGAGAGAGAGAGAGAGAGAGCGAGAGUGAGCGAGCUAGUUGUUGGGUCAAGACCGCUGAUAGAUUGGCGGCAAGUUGGAGAUUCGUCUGGGGAUUCGCGAUGUGCUUUAUUCUCGAGGUUUUAGGUUUGGGGUUUAUGUUCAGUGGAGUUUGUGAAGGUGUACAGCGAGAGGCCGAUUUCCCAAUACGGGAUCGGGGGUGGGCACUGUGUGGGUCAGCAUGGAAUCGUUUUUAUUUAUUUAUUUAUUAUUGUUGUUGAUUCAGAAUCUUUCCCCAUUAGGAUUACCUAUUUUCCAGUGAAAGUCCGGAAAUUCCUGGCAUUUCAGACACAACGGCGGAGUUUCUUUUCUGGAAUUAGAUGUUGUUUCUGCUCCUUGUUGCCCUCAUGUCGUCUUUGUCCAUUAGGUCUCUAGCCGGUGAAGGUUGGUGAGGUAGUCGAGCUUUCAGUUUGCAAUGUGAUCAUUGAUCGUCGGGCAGAUUAGUGGCCUGACGGAUGAUAGCUUGUAAUCUGAACACCUUGUGGAGAGUAAUCAUUUUCGAAUGAGACUCAUGUUCAUGUGCUGCGCUCACGACGGACAUGGUUUCUUACUUUGGAUUCGCAGAUUGAUUGGUGUAGUUGUUAAAUUAUGUGAUACAGGUUUCCUUCCGUUCACUUAAACUCUAUAUUUUUCUUCAGACAUAGUCGUACUAGAUACUGCGAAUUUCUGAUGAAGCUCUGGUUUCAGAUUAGAGCUUUUAGCAUACAUGAAACACCGCAUAGUUGUUUCUGUAAACGUCCCCUGCAGAUUCCGAACCUCUCCAAGAUAGGUUUUUUAUCCAACGCUGGAAAUUCUGAAGAAGUCCCUCCCCUGCUGAGAGCUGGUCUCAGGACACUUGAAAGAUGGACGCGUUUGAUAACAGAAGAAACUUCACCCCGGAUGUGCAUCAUUUUCAGGAACCCGCAAAUGCUCACUGGGGUGGUGGCGAUGCCCAUCGGGUCCUAGUUGUUAUUGACGCGACGAAGGCGUUGUCGUGCACAGUUACGGAUUGGGCGCUAGACCACGUCCUUCAACGUGGAGACAUCUUAAAGCUACUUGGUGUUCUGCAGCAGACUUCUACUCCUAGCAAGGCCGGUUUUCAAGCAGGUCUUUCAAAAUUGGGAUACAAAUCUUCGGGUGACGAGAAGGGUUUGAAUCGCUACUUUUUGGAGUCGGAAGUGCAGAGCAGAAAGAAUGCCCUUUUAAGGAAUUUAGACCUUCAUCUGAGAUGUCAGAAAUUGGGGGUGACUUUGGACAUUGAUGUUCAAGUUAGUCGUGACCUUAAGACCCUUGUCGUGGACGUUGCGAAGAAUUUUGGAGCGCAUCAUGUUGUUCUAGAAAGGAGUAUGAAGAAAGACAAGAAAUACUUCAUCGACAACCUCACAUGCUACGUAACGCGUGUGAAGACUUUUGACACUUAUCAACCACUGCGGCCUGGGCUUCACCCAGAUAUGAUAAUGCGGCCGAUUAGCCCUGCAUUCGGUUCACAGUCUACUGCCAUCGCUAAUCAUAGACGUUUGCAACAGCGUCCCAUGACAGCAGACAGUGACCUUCACAGUAUUCAGGAUGAAGCUGAAGUUAUUGAAUCUGAGGCUGAGUCCAAGCGGGAGAGUAUGGCAUAUAUUGAUCCGAUUUUGAGACAGGAUAUAAUUGCAGUGAGACAGUGGCUGGAGGACCAAGGUAGUCCAGGGCUAGGUAUGUACUCUCGGGAGGAAUCACUGCGGAGAAGUGCGUCGCCAAGUUCAGAUAUUGUUAGUCUUACAGAGGAUUCAUGUCUGGAGUACAGAAAAGACUUAAGCAAUAGGUUGGAAACGACGGGUUCGGUACGGCAGGGAAGUGCAGAGACUUUUAGCGAUUCUUGUAUUUCACCAGCAUCAGAUGGUUCUCCUAAUGUGAGCUCUUCUGUUACUCAACCUUCGAAACCGCAACUUCCAUCAGUUAGACAUCUGCCAUGUGCCAAUGAAUUAGCUAGUAACUCUCCAACUGUCAUCUCGACUUCCGCCUAUCCUAGAAUAUCAACUUUGGGACGAUCUGAUACAUCGUCACCUGCGGAUAACGAUCCUAGAAAUGGCAAUGGUGCACAAUGGGGCCCCAUUUCAGUUCAACCUCGACGGGUUGAUGCAAGUUGGACAUUACAUAAUCUGAAUGAGUUAUUGAAUGGAGAUCUUGGGAGUUAUUUGACUCCGCCUACGAAAGUGAGCACAAAACAAAUGGAGGUUAAUGCUGUACCAGUCUCAAGACCAGUUCCACCCAAAAAGUCUACGCAAGCUUUGUCUUCAACUCGGUUGAAUUUUGUGCAAUUACAAGCACCAAAUCAACUGAAUCCUGUGCAGUCACUUGUUCCUAGAGGCAUUGUUCCGGUGCCAGUUCAGAGAUUUACGGAUAGGGUAGCUAGUGACAGGCGACCAGUGAUUACGAAGAAGCCGGGUCCUUUAGCGCCCUUCCUUUGCACUAUUUGUAAACACAAAACACCAGAAUUUGGCAAGCCAGUGCGACGAUUCUCUUACGCCGAGCUCUGCAAUGCCACGGAUUAUUUUAAUCAUCGCAAUUAUCUAGCCCAAGGUGGUUAUGGGUCCGUGUACAGAGGAACUCUGCCGGAGGGGCAAUUGAUUGCUGUGAAGCAACACAAGAUUGCAAGCUCGCAGGGUGAUGAUGAGUUUUGUGCGGAGGUGGAGGUUCUGAGCUGUGCGCAACAUCGUAAUCUUGUUACACUUAUUGGUUAUUGUGUGGAAAACCACAAACGCUUAUUGGUGUACGAAUACGUCUGUAAUGGUUCACUAGAUAGACAUCUCUCGGCGAAGAACAGAGAGAGUUUGCCUUGGAAGUAUAGACAGAAGAUUGCCCUUGGCUCAGCAAGAGCGCUUCGGUACUUGCAUGCAGAGUGUCGUGUUGGCUGCAUUGUUCACCGAGAUAUGCGGCCUAAUAACAUCCUACUCACUCAUGAUUUCACGCCCAUGGUAGGGGAUUUUGGUCUUGCCAGGCGACAAAUGCAUGGCGACUUGGCAGAAGAGACUCGUGUACUUGGUACUUUGGGGUACCUUGCACCCGAAUAUGCUGAGACUGGUCAGAUUACGGAGAAAGCAGACGUUUACGCGUUUGGUGUGGUGUUAUUAGAGAUUUUAACAGGGCGUAAAGCAGUUAUUCAGCAAGGCGCUAAAGGUGGUGUUUUUCUAACAGACUGGGCAAGAUCACUGCUGGAUAGACCCGACCUCGAAUUGAUUGAUCCACGUCUAAGAGGAGCUGAAUAUGACAAUAAUCUCUUCGAGAUGCACUGCAUGAUGCAUGCUGCCAGACAAUGCAUAAAAAAAGAUCCUGCAAUGCGACCUCGUAUGGCUCAGGUCCUAAGAAUUCUGGACCCACAGCAAGACAGCACAGAAUCAAUUCGUGCUCUUUCCGUUGGAGGAAACAAGCUUGUCCAUGGGCAGCUUUCCUUGUACGCUCCUACGCCAGCGGUAGAUUAUGAUAGACCAAAAUCUGUUCCUGCUGUGUCGGACACUCAAAGUGAUAGUACACAUCCUUGGAACCCCACUAGUAAGCCUUCUCGCAGUCCUUUAGUUCGGAUAAAGAAACCGAGCAAAAAUAUAUUUUUGAAGGCAAGUAGAUGUGUCUCUGCUCCUCGUCUCUCAUAUGAUGAACAAAGGAAUCUAGAAGACGAGGAAGAUGGAUUGAGGGAGGGAAUGCUUUUGUCUUAUAACAGUAUGCUGGAAUUCGUGUGAGACGCAAUAAAGCUGUACAUCAGGAGUUUAUAUAUUACUUUUUGCCAUGACCAGAAUAAGGGUGUUUCAUUUUGAUUAACGCCGCUUCUUUUCUGGAGCAAGUGAGGAAAUUAGCUGAUUGGAUUCCAGUAUCAUGUGCCAGAGGUUUCGGGAACUAACAUGCUCCUAAGAUUGAGAAAGCAUAUCAUGAGUAAAUGAA